GGGAAGCUAGGAUGUUCAAAAAUAUUCGCUGAAAACACCUCACAACUUUUACAAGGAUCAACAUGUACAUAUAAAGCAAACACGUUGAUUAUAAUCUUAUCCGGCCAGUCCAACAUCUCCUUCAAUAACACGCUCACCUUCAUCAAGGGGAACCAGAUCAGGGAGUUCAUGUCAGAUGCUGACUUUUCAAUGGAAGUAUCUGGAUCAGUUUCUUUAAGUCUCCCUAGGGACAUGAAAAAGGUGGUUCCUGUAUUUUCUCUGAUUGGAUCAAGAACAGUUUGUCCAGCCGGUCAGAUAAUAAUCAAGAUUGAAAACGUGAAACGAUUUCGCCCUGAAAACAGUACUAUUGACUACACUUUAUACAAAGCUGAGGGGAACAAGACGGACCUAUCUUCUCUUCUAUCUCCUCUCUCACUAGAUUUAGGAGUAUCAUUGCUGCCUGAGCAGAUUGAGUACGAUGUAGUUUAUAAGCUGGAGGUUCAAGUUAUUUCUCAGUUUGGAAUACUCUCGGAGCCUCAAACUAUAGAAUUCGUGAAACCAAGUUCCGGUAACAGUGUAUCUGUAUCCGUUAACGGACCUAAUACUUUGAAACCAGAUACAAAUCUUCGACUCCAGGCUGACAUAGUAUCCUGUAACCAGUCUGGAUCGGAGUCAUCAAAUUUUCGGUAUUUCUGGACAUGUCCCGGCACCGGGCUGGAUCUAUCCAAGAAGAAUUCUCGUAUUCUCCAGCUCCCUCCUGCAACUCUGCAGGGUGGACGCACAUACAACUUCUCAGUAUUGGUUAUAUCUGAGGGUUCGAAUAUGACUGGGUCAGGUAGCUUGGAGGUCAGCGUACACCAGCUGGGACCCCUGGCGGUCACAUCAGCAAAUAAACUCACCUUCGGGACCGGGUCUAGGAUAGUCUUAGACGCAGUGCUCUCAAAAGAUCAGGAUAAUACACCAGGAGACCUCAAGUUUGAAUGGCUUUGUCGUACUCUGGAUGGAAAUGGUUGUUUUAAACAAAACAGUUCUCUUAGACUGGAGGAAACCCUUGCUGUCGGUACACUGAAUAAGAGCUAUGUCACACUUCCCAGCAGUACCUUAGUACCCGGCAGGUAUAAUAUGACUGUAGUUGUUGCAAAGAAUGGUUUAAACUCAACAGCUUCAGUUGAGGUAGAAAUAGUAUCCUGGAACCCACCAACUAUAUCUCCUAUAUCUAUGGCUACAAGAUAUAACCCCAGAGAGCGGAUAACUAUAAAUGCUCUGAUCAAUGGAUCUGCUGGAACCUGUGUACAAUGGAGCAGUGUUGCUCAAGAUGGAUUUAGUUUCCUUGAGGAUUUACAGCUCUAUACUAAAUCUGCAGCAUCACAGUGCUUCAAUCGUGAUACAACAGUCAGGGAGUUCCCAUUAGACCUGCCAGCUCCUAGCUUCAAAUUUAAAGGAUUACAGGGCGGUGCUAGGUACAAAUUCAAGGUGAUAGCCUCUCAUCCAACUGCAGGGAAUGCCGAAGCCACAGUGGAGGUCGAAACUUUAUCUCCUCCAGUACCCGGCCUAAUUCAGGUGUCCCCUGAGUCAGGGCUUGGAAUGAAGACGAACUUUACAAUUAGUGGGGUAGAGUUUUCAGAUACAGAUCCUCCUCUCUCAUAUAGCUUUGGAUACUUGGAUACAGAGAUACAGGAUACCAGAUGGUUAGGACGCCAGCUGUCAAGUAACUCUAUCCAGACUCUACUACCUGCCAACCAACAAGGGGUUAUCCUUGUAGUCGAAGUUUGUGAUAUAUACAAGGCUUGUGUAACCACUGAGAUACCUAAACCAGUUCAAGUCAGUUUUUCAGAGCUCACAGCUGCAGAGAUUGUGUCACUUGGAGAGACAGGUGCUAACCUUGCAUCCUCAGGAGCUUGUAUUGAGGCAUUCGUUUACUUAGAUAAACUAAUACAGACUGUGGAGAACUCUGCCGUUCAAACUGAGAACUACAAACCGGUUCUUUGCCAGUUCUACUCCGAUAUUUUCUUAGAGUGCUCCAGUAAGUAUAUUACCCAAGCUGACUGUGCUAACAAGGAUGAAGGAUUAGAACUAAUGAACAAUAUGCUCAGCUCAACCUGUUUACUCACUGAGGAUGUAUAUGAUGCUGGGGAAUCACUAAGUGUAAGAAUCCAAGAGGUAGAGAAUACCUGCACCCUAGUUGAGUUGAGAAGUUCUAGUAUGCUGGUAGAGAGAAUUGGUUUCGUUUUCUCAGCUGGGCUCACCAAUGGAAGAGAUCCUGACAACCUUUUUAGUACACGACGGAGAAGAUCGGUUUUAAACAAUUUAAUGAGCAAUUUGGCUAGGAGACUAACACCAGCACAGAUUGAAACCUUCCUCCGAGUAUCAGUGCGAAGUCUGAAAGCUUCAGGAUUUUCCUCAAACCGCGGAUCCAGAUCUGGAUUUCCUUUCGCCAACCAAACCCAACCAUUUUGGAACCAAACCCAACCAUUUUGGAACCAAACCCAACCAUUUUGGAACCAAACCCAACCAUUUUGGAACCAAACCCAACCAUUUUGGAACCGAACCGAACCUGAGUUUAACCAGACUAGUCCUGGUUUCAUGGCUUCUCAAGCCGGAGAAAAGAUUCGGCAAAAGCUGAGGGAUUUAAUGAGUACAAUCCAUGGUGUGUAUAUGGCAGAAAUGUGCAAAGGUUCUAAUUCACAAAGUCCUCCUGAAACUGUGACAACUGAUGACGUGAGUAUCACUGUACGAAGGACAGAGAUGACAGGAGGCCCUGAUGAGAUUUACCAUUUCGACUCAAAUGAAGAUUAUGGUUCAAGCAAAAUAGUCUUGAAGGAUUCAGUUUACAGGAACUUUUCUGAAUGGAAUUGUGGGAAAACAAGUCCUAACGGAAACCCUCUGCCCUGUGUUGGCCUCUGCCUCGGGACCUCUGUCCUCAACGAGGAUUUUGUAACCCAGACCUCCGAUACAUUUACAACCUCGCCACCCCAGCUGGUCAGCAGGAUUCACGAUGUCAGAUUAUUGAACCCUGUUAAUGGCGCUGAUUUGACUGGAGAAAUGCAGUUAAAGAAAGCUGUGCUUGAGGAUCCUCUCUCUCUGCAGUUAGAUAUUGGAACAGCCAGAUCCACAGAAGAAUAUACUUUUAAGUGUGGUAUAUUCCUGGAUGAAAGAUGGACAGACGCGUACUGUAAUACCAAAGAUAUAACAACGUUUGACGAUGGGACAGCUCUGGUGAAUUGUGACUGUAGUUUACCAGGAUAUAUAUCUGUAUACCUGGUCCAGAAAACAACAAACAAACCUCUUCUACAAGUGCCGGAAACCUAUGCAUUCAACAAACUUAUUCAAUUCAAGAUUGAGGAGAACUACAAUAACAAGGUUGGAACCAGGAAACCCGAGUUUAUUGAGAACCUGAGAACCCAGCUAGCCUACAGGAUUGGAACCAGUCAAGCUAAUAUCAAGAAUUUGAAUAUUUGGCCGGGUAGUAUUGAGGUAUCGUUUAACCUGAUAGCUCCUACAGCUCUAGAGGCUGGUCAGCAGGAGCAGGCCUAUCAGUCCUUCUCACAGCUCCUCGCGGACGGAAAGCUCUCCAUCAAUGAUCUGGCUGGGAAUCCUAUGUACGUUCCUCCACAGGGUGCAGUGCAAGCUAUAGGAGAUGAUGUAAUCCCUAUUGUGAUCGCAGCAGUCGCUAUGGCGAUCGUCUUGUUCAUUCUUGUUUUCAUCAUCUGCGCUGUCUGCAUGAAGAAGAAAAAAACUGAGGAGAAGAUGAAGCCAUUCACGACCCCAAGUCAGCAACCAACUUACAGAUCAUUCCAGUUUGCUGAUAACCUUGAAGGAACAGGGACUAGAAACCGUAAGUUGACCGGAGAUAUCCCUGACUAUAUGCCGAGUAAUUUCAACUCGAGAAAUCAGACUGCAGCUAGUAUUCAGCUUACGGAGGAGGAUAAAUCAGUAAAAAGACCUGAUGGUUCCAUGGUAUCUUUCAAAUCUAGAGAUUCGUGGGGUGUACCUUAUGCAGCAAACUAUACUGAACCAUCUCACGAAGAAAUAUCGAGAUCUCAGCAGAUUCCGGAUCAUAUUAUCCGACAGCAGAGAGCAAGUUUCCUACCUGGUACUCCAGAAUAAUUAUGCACAACAAUGUACAGUACUGUACUGUACUGUACUGUACUGUACUGUACUGUACUGUACUGUACUGUACUGUAC